AUGGCUGAUUCUAAGACUGACAUAUCGGUAAAUACGGAAGAAAUGAAGUCCCCAAUAAGUCAUGCCAAUGCUUCUUAUUCAUCUGAGUUCAAAUAUAAGAUUGGUAAAGUCAAACAAACUCCUGUAGUUCAAACUGAUCCUAAAACAGGCCUCACAUUUAUAGAAUUGAAAGCAAGGCCUAAUGAGAAAGUUUAUGGUUGUACCACUUUUGCUAACAAUUAUAGAGAAGAUAAGAAACUAGGUCGAGGGACAUUUGGUGAAGUUUAUAAAGGUAUCCAUUUAGCCACUCAGAGACAAGUUGCCAUGAAGAGAAUAUUAGUUAAUGUUGAAAAGGAUCUUUUCCCUAUCACAGCUCAACGUGAGAUUACAAUACUUAAAAAACUGAAUCACAAAAACAUAUUGAAACUAUUAGAAAUGGUCUAUGAUUAUCCACCUGAUUCAUCGUCAUCUUCCUCCUCCUCUUCAUUAUCGUCUAAAAACAACAAAAAAGAAUCACCAUCAAGUCAGAAUGACCCCAAAUUCUUUUAUAUGAUUCUCCCAUACAUGGUUUCUGAUCUAUCAGGUAUAUUACAUAACCCAAGAGUAAACUUGGAAAUGAAAGAUAUUAAAAAUAUGAUGCUACAAUUAUUAGAAGGGGUGAAUUAUAUUCAUUGUCAAAAAUUCAUGCAUAGAGAUAUUAAAGCUGCAAAUAUUCUUAUAGAUCAUAAAGGUAUAAUAAAAUUAGCAGAUUUUGGUUUAGCAAGAGUUUAUUACGGUUCACCUCCAAAUUUGAAAUAUCCAGGUGGCGCCGGGUCUGGUGCCAAAUAUACGUCAGUCGUUGUGACGAGAUGGUAUAGAGCUCCAGAAUUAGUAUUAGGCGAUAAACAUUAUACUACAGCAGUCGAUAUUUGGGGAGUUGGUUGUGUUUUCGCGGAAUUGUUUGAAAAGAAACCUAUACUUCAAGGUUCUACCGAUAUUGAUCAGGGGCAUGUUAUAUUCAAACUAUUGGGUACCCCAACGGAGGAAGAUUGGAAACUAGCUAAAUACUUACCAGGUGCGGAAUUAACAAAGACAACUUAUAAGAGUACAUUAGAAGAAAGGUUCGGUAAAUGGCUAGAUAAGACCGGAUUAGACUUCUUAAGACAACUAUUAGCAUUAGAUCCUUAUAAAAGAUUGACAGCAAUGUCUGCUGUUAGGCAUCCCUUUUUCAAGGAAGAACCAUUACCUUCUGGACAAUUAAGUUUACCUUGUGAGGAAAGCCAUGAAGCAGAUAUUAAACGGUAUAAAGAAGAAAUGCAUCAAGCAAUGUCGUUAAAGGCACCUUCAGCUCCUCAAGGUCAUCUAGUGGAAAAAUCUAAUCCGUCAUCAACAAGAGUUUCAGUAGCACAUAAUGGGUCUGUUUUGGAAAGGAAACAAAUACCAACAGGUCCAGGACCCAAACAAUCUAAAGCAGAAUUACCGCCAAAACCUUCAACAGAGAUGGAAUAUAAACCUCCUAUGCCAACAGGUUCCAGACUAGGUCCCUCACGUUAUUCUCAAAAUAAAAUCAACCAAAGACCCAAUCAAGAUUAUCGAAAUAAUUAUAUCAAUCCCUCCCAUCAUAAUGAAAAUACACGUAGCACGCAAGGUUCUUAUUUUCAACAUAGUAGUAAUACUAGUGCGGAAUUGCCAAGAAAACGUUCAUACAGUAAUGAUAAGAAUAAUAACUAUGGACUACCAAGCAGACCAGCCAAUGUUAGACCUCAUCCUCAUCUAGCUUCUCCUUCAGGAAGAGGACUACCACAAAAACCACCUGCUCUACAAAUAAAUAGUCGAUAUAAUGCGGUGCCAAACUUCAAUAAUACAAUAUCGGCACAAAAGAAACCUCAGCCCCCAACUGGACCAGCGAGAAUACCACCAAGGGGACCAAUAUCCAGAUAUUCAGGCACUUCUGCAAACAGUUUAAAAAUAGAGUCACCACCACAUAAAAAGCAGGACAUUUCAAGGGAGGAAAAGCAUGCUCCCUCCAAGGAUAAUGGGGGCUCUCUUUUCAGUAGAAUUGGUGUUAGUGAACAGUAUGAAGCAAGACAACAACAGAGAAGGAAUUCAAGGCAAUACAAUAACAACGACCAGGCGCCUUCAUCGCAUAAGAACGGAUAUCAUAUACAACCUCCACCACCACAGCAGCAAAAUCCAAAUUAUGGUUGGGCAAACACUAAAAAACAGGCAGGAGACAAUAGUAGCACAAGGAAACACAACACCAACAAUAAUCAAGGAAUUCACCCGAAGUAUAUAGAAGAUGAUUCUGGAAAUGAAGAUAUUGCGGACCUAUAUUGA